GGUCCCCUCCAUUCCAUCCUACUGGCUGCACCUAGAAGAUCCUACAGCAAGAGGUAGCAGGGCAGGGGGUAUGAACCGUGAGGGGGCCCCCGGGAAGAGUCCGGAAGAGAUGUAUGUUCAGCAGAAGGUGCGGGUCUUACUCAUGCUGCGGAAGAUGGGCUCUAAUUUGACGCCCAGUGAAGAGGCAUUCCUGCGGACAUACGCCGGAGUGGUCAAUAGCCAGCUUAGUCAGCUGCCUCAACAUUCGAUUGAUCAAGGCGCUGAAGAUGUGGUGAUGGCGUUCUCCAGGUCAGAGGCAGAAGAUCGGCGGCAGUAACCGCAGCGCGGCCCUUACCAAAUCCCAGAGCACAGAUGGGAGAAGCGGAGGUGCCCGGAGAUCCCUCGGAUUCCUCCUCUUCCUCCUCCCUCUCUCCUCUUGUUUUUAGAGUCUCCCCAAAUUUCUAAUGUGAUUUUUAAUUUCAUCCUUCCACUCUCGAGACUCUCCCCAAUGGCUGCUGACUUCUGUAUUUCCACAAACCGACCAAGACAACCCGGCGGCCUGUCUACCGGAGAGCGGACUCCUUUUUUGCCAGCAGAAGCGUGUUUUAUUUUGCCCGUAACUUUUUUUAUGUUGAGUUUUGUCAUCACUCCUGUUUCCGAGAUGAGACAAAUUCAAGCCGCACUCCCCCCCCGACUGAUAUCCAGCAGUAGCGAGACCGGAAGCGCGGUUUUUGAUGGCAGCCGGUGAGGUCUGUGCUCUCCAUCGGAUAUGCUUUUUACAGACUUUUAGGUUCAUAUUGUAAUUUUUUUUAAUUUUUAUUUUAUUGAUGAUGUCAGCGCUUUGGCUGUUACACUGUGUUUUUCUUUUUUUUUUCUUUUUUGACUUGAAAGAAGUAAGCUUUUGCAGUAUUUAUUACCAGUGUGGGGGAGGGGAGGGCGUGAUUUCGGGGCUUCUGUCUUGAUUUAUUUUUACUUUUAGAAGCACAAAAAAAAUUGCAGAACGAGUUCAUAGUUUUUAAAACCUUUUUUAUUUGAUCGGAAGCCAGAGAUGUGCGGUCUGAAAAGAGGGGCGUUGGCUGCUUCAUUUUAUUGUUUUUGUUCUUUUUUUGUUUGUAUAUUGUAGUUUGUAUAUGAAUAUACAUCAUCUUGUGCCAUACAGGUCGUGUUGCCCAGAGCAAUCUGUCACCGGGAGCCUGCAGUAAUCUCAAAUGGAGUAAGCUGUCUGGCAAAAUGUGCCUCCUCCAUUCCUUACGGGGCUUAUCACAAGCCAUUCUAGAGUUAUGGGGUCUUCUUAUACCCGUCUAAUUCCUGAAACCGGGCAUGCAUAAUUAUGAUGCACUGGAGGCAUGGGGGGCUUAUCUGGGCCAGGGGGAGUGAAUAACUUCCCUGCAUUACACGCUCUUAUGGCAGGAUCUCGCGAGACUGUGUCUGUUAAAGGGGUACUCCGGUGGAAAAAGUUUUUUUUAAUCAACUGGUGCCAGAAAGUUACAGAUUUGUAAAUUACUUCUAUAAAAAAAAAUGUUCAUCCUUCCAGUACUUAUUAGCUGCUGAAUACUACAGAGGAAAUCAUUUUCUUUUUGGAACACAGAGCUCUCUGCUGACACCAUGACCACAGUGCUCUUUGCUGCCAUCUCUGUCCAUUUUAGGAACUGUCCAGAGUAGGAGAAAAUCCCCAUAGCAAACAUAUGCUGCUCUGGACAGUUCCUAAA